AUGGCGGAAUCACAGCAGUCAAACACCCUCGUGGAGAUUCUCGAUGGCCUGGCACGAGACCGCCCAGAUGCUACCUGGUGGAAAGUCCCCAAGGACGUCAACCUCACACAAGGCUGGCGGGACAUUACUUACGGCGAGCUCGCCCAAGCGGUCGACGGUAUGGCCAAGUGGGUCGUAGCUUCAAUCGGCAUGGGAACCAGCAGCGCCGACAUUGCCGCCUAUGUGGGUGUCAAUGACAUCCGGUACGCAGUCGUACAGCUCGGCUUGAUCAAAGCCGGUUACAUGGCGCUGCUUCCAUCGCCGCGGAACUCUGCCGAAGGACAAGCUGCGCUGUUCAGCUCCACAGGAUGUGACUGCCUUCUACACAGCGAAGGAGCUGAGCCACAUGUCGCCACUAUUCGUGCAGCAGUGCCGAACGUGCGGGCAUUCCAGAUUCCAGCGUUCGACGAUCUCAUCCAACAAGGCUCGCUCACCACGCCCUAUCAAGGGCCGUACAAGAACAAGGAAAGCGACAGAGUGAUGGUCCUUCACACAUCCGGCAGUUCCGGCGUGCCGAAACCGAUUUACCACACGAACGGCUCCAUCGCCACCUUCAUCCGCCUGGGCGCCGAUCCUGGCCCCGAAGCCCGUCUGGAGACGACUGUUCUUCUGUUCGAACCCGGGGAGCUCAUGUUCACAUUCGCUCCAUUCUUCCACAUGAUGGGUACCAUGGUGGUAUGGCUUUCGAUUCUAGCUCCGCGACCAAUAUGCACUCCUCCUCACGAAAAGCUGCCAACUCCCGAGAUCAUCAUCAAGGCAAUCCAACAGACGAAGCCCAGGAUUGUGCUAACACCACCAUCGACGUUGGAGGACAUUGUAGAGACUCCGGGCGGACUUGAGACCUUGAAGGAGGUCAAAUACGUCUAUUACGGGGGUGGUCCGCUGGCAGAUGAGACUGGUGUGAAGGUGAACCAAGUCAGCCGAGUCGUGUCUGGUAUGGGCUCCACAGAGGUGGGUGCUAUUAGAUCCUACGUUGUCGAAGAUCCUGCGGACUGGCAAUACUUUGAAUGGGCACCUGGCGGCGGUGUGUGUAUGGUGCCCGAGGGAGAUGAUCUAUAUGAGCUCGUCAUCCGACCCGAUGAUCUGAGUAUUCAGGCGGCGUGGCACACUAUGCCUGGUAUCGAGGAGUAUCGCACGAGAGAUCUAUUCGUCAAGCACCCGACGAAGGAGAACCUGUGGCUUUGCAAGGGUCGGAAAGACGAUGUCUUGGUCCUGAGCAAUGGAGAGAAGUUCGGUCCCGCGAAUAUGGAGAAGAAGCUUGAGGGCCACACAACCAUCCGGGGAGCCAUUGUUGUUGGCCAUGCUCGCUUCCAGGUUGGACUACUGCUUGAACCAGACUGGGAGAGGGUGGGUAACGACGCAGAUCCCGCCGACCUUGUGGAUCAAUUCUGGCCUGUCAUUCAGCAAGCCAAUGCGGGCAAUCCGGGUCACGGGCAGGUGUGGAAGUCCAAGAUCGGCAUUGCAAAAAGAGACAAGCCAUUCGUGAGGACGCCGAAGGGCACUGUCAUUCGAAAACAGACCGUGGCCCUCUACGCGAAUGAGAUUGAGGCUCUGUACUCCAACGAAGCCAGCGAUGAUGCCGUUGGUCGAUUGAGCGCCGAUGCUAGCGUUUCCGAUACCAGACAAUUCUUGCGCAAAGUCUUCAAGGCAAAAGGGAUGGCGUCCAUCGAGAAGAUGUCUGAUGACGAAGAUAUCUUCAACCAUGGCGUCGAUUCGUUGCAGACGAUGGCUGUUGCCUCAACUCUUAGCCAUGCCAUGGGGAUUUCGGUGUCUCCACGGGUGAUCUAUAGUCACCCAACGAUUGCCAGCCUUGCCGAACACUUCCGUGGCUCUGAUAAGGUUGUCAACGGAGACAAACCCCAACCCAGCCGCGAAGACAUGAUGGCUGCGUUGGUGGAGAAAUACACCCGCGACCUGAGACCCAGAUACAGCGUCGUCAUCACCGGCUCGACCGGAUCAUUAGGACAGCACAUCUUGCAAGAACUCAUCGAGGCACCGCACGUGGAGCACAUCUACGCCCUGAAUCGAUCAACCGACGCCGAGACCCGACAGCGACAGAGCUUCGAAACCCGCGGCAUCAUUCCAGACUUCCGCAAAGUCAGCUUCUUCAGCACCGAUUUCGGCCAGGACCGAUUCGGAUUAGAUCAGGACACCUACUCGCUCUUGCUGCGUACAGUCAACGUUUUCAUCCACAACGCCUGGUCGGUCGACUUCAACAAGACCCUUCCCACCUAUGAGGACGUCCACAUUGCGGGCACCCGGCGCGUGGUGGACUUCAGCAUAGCUUCGCAACACCACGCUCACAUUGUCUUCAUUGCCACCAUCGCCACCGUUAUGAACUGGUCCGGCGUCUACCCGGACGCCACAUCAAUCCCAGAGCGUCUCCCCGACUCCUACUCCGCCGCGGGAUACGGAGGAUAUGGCGAGGGCAAGCACGUAGCAUCCAUGAUUCUUGCCAAGGCAGCGGAAACCGCCCAGGUCCCAGUGACGAUCAUUCGGCCGGGGCAAUUGGCUGGUUCGGCGGUGAGCACGGCGGAAUGGAAUCGCCAUGAAUGGUUUCCAAGUCUCGUCAUCUCGUCGAAAGCGCUGGGUAUGCUGCCCAAGUCUUUGGGUGCUCAGGAUGUUCUCGAUUGGAUGCCUAUGGACGCAGCCGCUACUGCAGUGCGAGAGAUUUCUGAAGCGAGCCUUGCUGGAGAGUCCGCACUGACCAACGGAGCCGGUCCGAACAAGACUCGAUUCAGAGUUGCCCACAUAGUAAAUCCUCGAACCACGACUUGGCAGGAAUUGUCGCCGACCGUGCAACGUCACCUUGCCAAGGAGACGGGGAAAGAUAUCCAAAUGGUGGAAAUGAAGGAAUGGGUCAAGGCUCUGAGCGAAAGUCCGAGGACGCCAGAGGAGAUUGAGAAGAAGCCUGCGAUCAAGCUGUUGGAGUUCUUUGAGUCGUUGGCUGGGGCCGAAGGGAAGAGGCUGGAAAUGGAGACGCGGGAGUCGCAGGCGAUGAGUGAAAGGAUGAGGAGCAUGCAAGCUGUGGAUAGUGGGUUGGUAGAGAAGUGGUUGAAGGAGUGGCAGAGGUAA